GGGGCAUGGGCAGCGGGCGAGGGACUAUGAGCGGGUGCCUUCGGCAAGGGUCGCUUCCGGGGUUGGGUCACCCGGAAGCGGAAGAGGACAAGGGCUGUCUGCUGUCCGCCUGGCUGUCUGGGGGAGCGGCAGCGGCGGGAGGAGGAGGAGGCGGCGGCGGCUCCGGGGCCGGCCCCUCGCAGCUGGGGGCCCGCGCGCCGCUGGACUCCGCGUCGGCACGGCCGUUGUUCCCCGCCUCAGCCCGAACGGGGCGGAGAGUCAGGGGCCGCGGGCGGGCUAGAAUGGAAGAAUCUCACUUCAACUCCUCUCCGUAUUUCUGGCCUGCGGUGCCCACGGUCUCCGGACAGAUCGACAACAGUAUGUUCAUUAACAAGAUGAAGGAGCAGCUGUUACCCGCAGAGAAAGGAUGUGGCCUGGCUCCCCCCCACUACCCCACCCUGCUGACUGUCCCCGCCUCGGCAGCCCUGCCCACCAGUAUCUCCAUGGAGUCUGACACCAAGCCAGAACAGCUUACCCCGCACAGUCAAGCCUCCGUGACACAGAACAUCACUGUGGUGCCUGUGCAGUCCGCUGGGCUCAUGACAACAGGCCCCGGUCUGGUGAUCACGUCUCCCUCUGGGUCCUUGGUGACCACAGCCUCUUCCGUACAAACCUUCCCCAUCUCGGCACCCAUGAUUGUCUCGGCCCUCCCGCCCGGUUCCCAGGCGGCCCUCCAGGUCAUCCCUGACCUUUCCAAGAAGGGGGGUGCCGCCCUUUCUGAGGGAGGGGCGGCUGGCGCCGCCGGAGGCAUCACCCCCAAAGCACCCCGGGGUCGGAAAAAGAAGCGCCUGCAGGAGUCCGGCUUGCCGGAGAUGAGCGAUCCUUUUGUGCUGCCGAACGAGGAUGACGACGACCAGCACAAAGACGGGAAGACUUAUAGGUGCCGGAUGUGUUCCCUGACCUUCUACUCCAAGUCAGAGAUGCAGAUCCACUCCAAGUCCCACACCGAGGCCAAGCCCCACAAGUGCCCCCACUGCUCCAAGAGCUUUGCCAACAGCUCCUACCUGGCCCAGCACAUACGCAUCCACUCGGGGGCCAAACCCUACACCUGCAGCUACUGCCAGAAGGCCUUCCGCCAGCUCUCCCACCUGCAGCAGCACACGCGGAUCCACUCCAAGCUCCACACGGCGGUGGUCAAGCCCCACAAGUGCCCCCACUGCUCCAAGAGCUUCGCCAACACGUCCUACCUGGCCCAGCACCUCCGCAUCCACUCGGGGGUCAAGCCCUAUACGUGCCGCUACUGCCAGAAGGCCUUCCGCCAGCUCUCCCACCUGCAGCAGCACACACGGAUCCAUACUGGAGACCGACCCUACAAAUGCGUUCACCCGGGGUGUGAGAAGGCUUUCACGCAGCUCUCCAACCUUCAGUCUCACAGACGGCAACACAACAAAGACAAACCGUUCAAGUGCCACAAUUGCCACCGUGCGUACACAGAUGCCACCUCGCUGGAGGUCCAUCUGGCCACCCAUACAGUGAAGCACGCCAAGAUCUACAACUGCUCCAUGUGCAAUCGGGCCUACACCUCGGAGACGUACCUGAUGAAGCACAUGCGGAAGCACAACAUCCCCGAUCCCCAGCAGCAGGUGGCCCAGGUGCAGGCGCAGGUGCAGGCCCAGGUGCAAGCGCAGGUGCAAGCGCAGGUGAAAGCACCCCCGUCUCCCUUCUGGUACCUGAUGAGGAACGAGGGGAGGCUAACGGACGGGAGGGACUUCAACAUUGGCUGGUUGCUGAGUACCGAGGGCACGCAACAGGGAGACUCCUGAAGGGUGUCGAGUGGAGAAGAGUGGCUCUUUUUCCACCCCCCCUCUCUCCCUUCUUUGUGAGGGGGAGGAGGAAUUACCGCUCCAGGGCCACGCACCAGAUGUACCCAUUGCGCAGAACCACAGGGACAAGGAAAUGAGGGAUGUUGCCAGGGCUGGAGGUCUGCCUGGACUUGUGUCAGCUUUCUCUACCAUUGUGGAGGGCUGUGUUGGGGCUACCGCC